AUGUAUUUUAAGCCAAGGGCUAUAGCUCCAGCGCCAGCGGAUGGUAGUUAUGGAGGUAAUAAUCAACAUAUCAAGCCCACCGCAAUGGCAUACGCCUGCCGGACUUGUGUCAGACGCAAGGUGAGAUGCGACAAGCAGACGCCUGAUUGUUCCAGUUGCCGCAAAGGAAGUCUGGAGUGUUCUUACCAGGAGCCUGUAUCUCGAUCGCACAAGCGAAAACCGAGUGAGGAGCUCGCAGAUAAGCUGGCUCGGUACGAGCGCAUCCUGCGGCACCACGGCAUUCUAGACAGUGAAACGUCGGCCGCUGAGAGAACCACUCGGUCAGGAACGACCUCAUUUCACUAUAACGAGCCUGAGGCUUCCAAGUUGGGAAGAGUCCUUGCGGACAAAGGCACCUCGAGGUAUAUCAGCGGUCACCCAUGGAGCACUCUACAAGAAGAGGAGUUGCGACGCGCAUUCGAGGAGGAGCAGGAGCAGCAAAAUGCCACCAGCAUAAUGGACACCCUUGCGCCAGACCCAUUGACAGGCUCACUUGUGGACUCUCGACAAAGUCUGCUUCAGUACCAUCCCACGCACACAGAAGCUAUGAUUCUGUGGCAAAUGCAUGUCGAGAAUGUGGAGCCAUUGUGCAAAAUCUUGCAUAUUCCGUCUACCACUGAAUGGAUGGAGAAUAUUUCCCGUCGGCCUGAAACAGCCUCAGAUGCAGAGGAAUGUCUCAUGUUCUCCAUCUACCAGUUUGCGGUCUAUUCGAUGACGGACGAGGACUGCGUGGAAAAGUUGUGCCAGUCACGCACGGCCUUGAGUCGACGAUAUCAUGCCGCAGCACGACAGGCACUGAUUAACGCCUCAUUUCUCAAAACAACUGACAUGCGGGUUCUACAGGCGUUUGUUUUAUUCCUCCUGUCCAGCCGCCAGUAUUUUGAUUCACAGACGUACUGGAUCCUGACAGGUGUUGCAGUCCGGAUAGGGCAGCGCAUUGGGAUCUUUCAAGACGGUGACAAGCUGGGAAUGUCCCCGUUUGAUGUCCAGAUGCGACGCAGGCUUUUCUGGCAGCUUAUACCACUCGAUGGUCGGGCGAGCCAGAUGGCAGGUACUGUCGUGUACAUCCUGCCCAAUGCCUGGGACACCCAGCUACCCCUGAACUUGAACGACGAGCAGAUCUGGCCCAGCAUGACAGACACUCCGCGCGAGCAGCAAGGCGCGACACAGAUGAUCUUCUGCCUUUCCCGCGCAUGCAUAGGGAAAUUCUUCGCAAGCAUGAGCCCGCACAUGAGCAGCAGCGGGCCAUGGAAGUUCGACAGCCAGCACGAGGCUGAGUCCGUCAUCAGUGCCACCGAACGGGAGGUCGAGGACAAAUAUAUCCGCUACUGUGACGUCGUCGACCCGCUUCAUUUCCUGACCAUAGGACUGGCUCGAUCAGGAAUCACUGCGAUGCGUCUCCGCGUGAGGCUCGCAAAAGUGAGGGACCAGACCGCGACGGACGCUGAGAUGUGGGAGAUCUUUCAACUGGCCCAGAAAAUCUUGGACACCGAUUCGGCAGUUUCAGCACAUGCUGGGCUGCAGAGGUACCGGUGGCAUGUUCGACCAUUUUUUCUAUGGGGAACUUACGAUUCGUUCAUCUUUGUCCUGACUACGCUUUGGAAGAGGCCUGACCUUCUCUCUGCAGCGGAGGUCGAGGCGGCGUGGAAUAAGGUUGAACAGCUUUACUGUAACCAUGACGAGCUCCACCAUUCAAAACCAUUAUAUGUGGCGUUUCGCAGGCUCACAAUCAAAGCCUGGGAUGCCCAAUCUCCAAGCAACACAAGGCCGGAGCCAGGUUUCAUUGCGACCGCUCGCUCA